AUGUCUGGAAUGAAUGUUCCCCUCCCUGAUGGCUGUGGUGUCUGUGGGAAAGAAGACAAUACCCGUCUAUGUACUGGCUGUAGAGUGAUGCCGUACUGCAGCGUGGAGCAUCAAAGUUUUCAUCGCCCAGAGCACAAAUCCGAUUGCAACAGGAUCAAGAAGUGCAGUGAUGCGAUGAAGCUACAAGAGAAGAUCUUGCGUUUCAAUCCUCUCAAUGACCUCGAUGUUUUCGAAGAGAGUCGUGGUCGCUUCUGGGAAAUAUGGGCGACUCGACCCUACAUGGACGCUCGUCUGGAUUAUCGUGCUGCCCUGACAUUCAUCCGGAAUGCUACAUCGAUUAAAUUGCAACUUGCGACCCUCAUGUAG